UAUAGCUGUUAAACCUUCAUUGUAGUGAAUUUAAUCCAUUUUAAUGGAUUAAUUAGGGAUCGGAUUAGAUUGCAACAUCCCAGGGGUGUGGCGGUAGUGAGCAGUCACGAAUUGACCGUGCAACGACACUAGCGAUAUCACUCUUAAAGGUGAGGCGAUAGUAGGCGGUCCCGAAUUGAGCGUGCAUCGACACCACCUCGUCUAUAGCCAGCGAUAUUCACUCUUAAAAAGUCCAUAUGGGAGUGUUAAGAAAUGGCUCAAACAGCGGGAAUGCAGGACGUGGCAGACAAGAGACCAACAAUGUCAAUAGCACGACAACUUUUCAGAUGCCAUACAAUUGUUCUCGAAAGCUUUUUAUUGAAGGCAUCGGAUUCAUUGAUAUAUCCAUUGUAAAUGGUAGAGAAAUCAAACUUUUUGACAUCGAGUUUCGUAGCAAGCUGAAAGAGAACGUUUCCUUCUCAUUAGAAGAAAGAAAACUAAAGAUUCAACCAAGUUUUUACACUACCGUCACUGAUAAGGAAAUCGACCCCGAUCAAGAUGUGAUGGUCACUACCAAAGUAACGCAGGGAAAUUUGACUAUUCGUUUAAAAGCUAGAAAUGGAAAUGUCUUGCUACAUCAACAAACUGAAAUAUCCAACACGGGUACAGAUUUGACACAAGACGUGGCCAGGACAAAUAUUGACGAAGACGCUGAUGUUGAUGAUACAGUUCUGGCAUUUGUCGAGGUUUCAUCUCCGGGCGAUGAGCAUGCCGAUAUGACAGACGAAGGAGCAAUUGCAGCUGCACCUAAAAGCAUAUGUGCACCUGAAGGAGAUAAAAGGAAGAAAGAAGAUAGCGUUGAUGAUGUUGAUGAUGAUGAAGACGACGAGUUCGUUGAAAUUGAAUAACAAUACUAUGUAUUUAUUCAUUGAUUUCUAUGAAAUCUUGGCAAGUUUUUAUAUUUAUAUUUCCCCUCCCUGAUUUACAUUUAUUUCAUUUCUUAAAAUUCCAUGUCUGACAUCAGUACAAUUUAGGGGAUAUCAAAAAUUUAAGUGUAUAAUCCAUAGAGCUAUGAGUUCCGUGUUCAGAGAUAAGUCCAUAGAAAAAUCUUGAUAACAAUGUAUAUUCAUAUUUUCUUUUCAAACUCUAUUAAUAUAAUGUGUCCGAAUUAAUGUAAUGUUAACUUAUUAAGAAUUUUGUUAUGAAGCAUCUGAAAAAAGUGUCCUAGCUUGUUAGUUAUUUUGCUGUUUUACAUCCUCGUCUUAAAAUUGAUCCUUUCAUUUUGGUACUUUUGUAUUAUAUUAUUUCUAAAGAGUUGAUUUUCGUGCGCAUUUUCAAAAGCGUUUAUGAAAUGUGCAAAAAGCAAUAAAGCAUUAUAGCAUAGAUGUCCGGAACAUGCAGCAUUCCAAACUACUAGUAUUGUGUCAGUUGAUAUGUUUUUACUUUAAUAUAAUUAUCAGUAUUGUAAGAUUUUCGGACACAUCUGUGAACAUAUUUUCUCAAUCUUCCGGACCCUCGAUCCUUCACCUGCUGGAACCAAAAGCAAUUGGCCUUUUUCAGGCCAACACUUUGACUAGACUCUAUACGUUUGGUAGUUUAAUUAUUGUCCUUUGGCAUUGAAAUAUCGUAAACAUUAAAUGUACCGUUCUAAAUUCGAAGCACGACAAAUCCGCUCUAAUCUAACAAUUACCCGAACUUGGCUUAAUAUGGUAACAUUUUGAAAUAUACAAUUAACUUUUAUAUUCUACUUUAUAUAUAAGCAAUGUAAUGUAUUGUUAGUUUAAAGUUAACUUGAUGUUUACUUGCUAAUCUUCUGGGUCAUUUAAUGUCCUGUCUAUGCCUGUUUAUGUGGGUCAUUUAAAGCCCUGUCUAUGCCUGUUUAUGUGGGUCAUUUAAAGCCCUGUCUAUGCCUGUUUAUGUGGGUCAUUUAAAGCCCUGUCUAUGCCUGUUUAUGUGGGUCAUUUAAAGCCCUGUCUAUGCCUGUUUAUGUGGGUCAUUUUAAAGCCCUGUCUAUGCCUGUUUAUGUGGGUCAUUUAAAGCCCUGUCUAUGCCUGUUUAUGUGGGUCAUUUAAAGCCCUGUCUAUGCCUGUUUAUAUGGGUCAUUUAAAGCCCUGUCUAUGCCUGUUUAUGCAUGUGAACGAAGGUCAUGAUUGGUGUUAGUGAGAAAUUUUGGAACCUCGAGUUAGUCAGCUUAUCCUGGUACUUUUCUAAAAAUUUCAUUGAAAACUUUCAUCAUCAUUAUCAUCAUCAUCAUCAUCAUCAUCAUCAUCAUCAUCAACACCAUCAUUAAUAUCGUUUUCUUCGUCAUUAUCAUAAUUUUUAUUAUCAUUUAUGUUACAUUUAAUGUUUUUAAACAUUUUUUUUUUCAAAAUUUUAUUUUCUUAUGAAGGUAUAUUAGGGAAUGUAGAAAUUGUAAUUUUCUGUAUUGCUGUAAGUCAAUCAUGAGAUAUACAUUAUGUCAAUGUCGAUCUAUAUAGUAUAUCUUACAAUCUUGAACUAUUGCCCAUUGAUUUAAAGAUUUUAAUUUAAAGCAGGUAUGUUAAAGAUAUACAUGUAUUGGGAUCUUUAUCAUCAAAACAUCCUAUUUAUUGUUGACGCUAUGACGCUUUACUUUGUCUAUAUUUGUAUUCAUUUAAAAAUCAAACAAUUUGCUAAGAAUAUAUAUUUAAGUUAUCAACUUUAAAUUGAACGAUGUGACAAGGGUAAACAUGCACAAUCAUUGCAUUAUAUUCGUAUUCAAUUAUUCAAACUUUGAAUAAUUGAUAAUUUCUAAAAUAUGCGCUACUUAUGCAUGUAUUAUAUACAUGUAUAAUCAACCUAAGAUAAUAUUCGUGCUAAAUUAUUGUUAACUUUGAAUAAUUAAUAUAUAGUAAAAUAUGCGCUACUUAUUGUUUAAGGAUAUGU